CCAGGGGCGCGAACCGGCGCCGCCAGCGCUGUGCCGGGGGCUGUCACUCCCCCGGCUUCCGGGGGCGGCGGAGCUUCCGGGUAGGGGUGAGGCCGCCCGCCGCGAUGGCCGGGCUGUCGCGGACGCUCGGUAUCUUCGGCGGUUUCAUGGCUGUGGUUGGGGCGGCGUUUUACCCCAUCUACUUCAGGCCGCUGCUGCUGCCGGAGGAGUACAAGAAAGAACAGUCAAUAAAUCGAGCUGGUAUUGUUCAAGAGGAUAUUCAGCCUGCAGGGUUAAAAGUGUGGUCUGAUCCGUUUGGAAGAAAGUAAUGUUGGCGGCUGGUUGUAUUGCAAGGCAAAACUGAAGAUGGACAUCUUCAGCUCUUUCUUCUGUCACUGAAGUGUGUCUUUGGGUGUCGCUGGAGAAGAAUUCUGACUAUGGUGUGUGGGCACGUGAGGAGCAACAAACGCUACUGGUUGGAAUCCCAAGAGAUAAAAACAUGCUGGUUUUGAAUGAGGAUGCUGGGGCAUAGUGCACAGGCUGUUGAAGAGCUGAAUAAUUCUUGAGUUUAGAAGUGAAAUAUUUAUUUCCUUGAGAAAGGGGAAGAGUAAUUAUUUUUGUGGUUAAUCAGUAAACACUUGUAAAAUAAAUUAUGAAUAGAAUAAAUCAUGCAGACCGCUGCAGUUUCCUCCCUAGUUUGAGAAUUACUUUUUGUGGUUUUAUUAUGAAAACAUGGUAGAAGUAUAUACUGAGAGAGAGCAGUGCAGAAAAUAUAACAUGCUGAGUGUAAAUUUGUACAUUAAAAUUUCUUCCUUUUAA